AUGGGCUCCGAUGUAUUUGAGCUGGUAGGGAACACCGCGCUCUAUGAUGUGCUGGGCGUUCCCAAGACAGCGUCAGAAACCGACAUUCGGCGUGCGUACUACAAGCUGGCGGUGCUGUACCACCCGGACAAAAACCCCGACGGGGUUGAGCUCUUCAAGGAGAUUAGCUUCGCCCAUAGCAUCCUCUCCGACCCGCAGCAGCGCCGGCUGUACGACAACAAGAGGCUGCGCUCGCAUAUUGAGGGGCAGGCGCGGGCAUAUGACCCCAUGAUGGACCCCAAUGUCGAACUCACCGCGGAGGAAUUGCGCGCGUUUGUGGAGCGGAAGCGCUUGGAGGAGGAGACUAGAAAAAAGAACAAAAGUGAGUUUGAGAAGCGUCGCGAAGAGGAGAUGCGGCGGCGUGCCGAGUAUGAUGCCCAAAACCCUGCAUUCAAGGAGGAGUACGAACGCAUGCGUGCCCGUGCAAAAGAGGAUGCCGAGCAACGCACUAACGCUGUGGCGGUGCAUCAGCAGCCCACUAGCGCGGAGCUGCUGCAGCGUCUGGAAAUGAAGAGGUUGGCGGAGGGAGAGGAGAGGGAGAAGGAGCGCCUGACGUCCAGCACGUGCGUCGCCGGCGCUAGUAGUGGUGGUGCGGGGGGCGGCGCGCCACAUUCUAUCAAGCGGCGUAUGAUGCAAGAGUUCCGCGUGCGCCACAACGGCCAGACGCCUGCGCCCAGCACGAUGGACGUGGAUGUUGACCGCGAGACGUUGAGCAGCCGACUGGAUUUUGUGGCGGAGAUGAAGACGAAGAAGUCGUACAGCUGCGAGCUGGAGGGGCGUAUUGGCAAAUACGCCAACUUUGACUACCGCACCUACGUUGAAAAGGGAAUCGUUGACGGCGGCAAUGUUCUUGACGACGCUAUACUUGCGGAUGCUUUGGGAAACUACGAUCGUAACAGAUGA